CGAAGGAGGAGGAGGAAGGAGGAGGAGAAGGAGGAGGCUUCAUCCCAGCAGGCAGCAGAAAGGGGCGCGAGGAGACGAAGUGUGCAGGACAGACCCCCCCAUUCUCCCAGCUCCCUCCCACCGACGCAGCAGCUGUGGACAAGGUGAGAAUCCCACAGGCUGCCGCGGGGGGGAGAUGAUGGCGAUGCGGCCGGCGAUGGGUGCGUGGCUGCUGGUGGUGGUGGUGGUGGUGACGGUGACCCCGGCACGCUCGGCAGCCCCCCGGCACGCCGCGGUGCUGCCCGACGGCGGGGGCAGCGGGGACGGCGAGGAGGUUUCGGCCGUGCCACCCGUCCGUGGCGUGACGCCGGGGACCGGCCCGACGGCCGGGGAGGCGGCGGGGACCACGGUCACCAACAGCUCGGCGCCGGGCGGCGUGCUGGACGGGCUGGUGGAUUUCUUCAAGGAGUACAUGCUGCUGGUGGUGGUGGUGGGCUCGCUGGCCUUCGUCCUCCUCUUCAUCAUCUGCGCCGCCGUCAUCGUCCGGCAGAAGCACAAGGCGUCUGCUUACUACCCCUCCUCCUUCCCCAAGAAGAAGUACGUGGACCAGCGGGACAAGGCGGGGGGGGCUCGGGCUUUUAGUGAGGUGCCCGAAAAAGCCCCUGACCCCGGCGCCGAGGAGCCGCUCGACUGCAGCCGGCAGCUUCAGGCAGACAUCCUCGCCGCUGCCCAGAACCUCAAAUCCCCCCCCAAGGUGCCGCUGGCCAAUGGGGCCCGGGGGGAGCAGAACCCACCCCCCGAGGAGGAAGAAGGAAGCAAAAAGUUGGGUGACCAGCCACCCACUGAGCCCCCUCCCCAAAACGCAGGCGCUGAGGAAGCGGCGAGUGGCGUGGGAGCAGAGGGCGGGGGGGCCCCUGAUGUGCCCCAAGGUGGCCCCCCGACCCCCCCUGGUAUUUAGGGCAGGGACCCCAUCCCAGGCGAGCCUGAGGAGCUGCCGGCUCAGCCGAGUGGUGGGGGGGGGGGGGGACACCCCGCGGACACACGAUGGACGUGGUGCUUUGUUGCUCCAUAUAUACGUGGCGGCUCAAGGAAGCCCCGAUGAAGCCCCCCCCCGCCCUGGUUUGACCCCCCCCCCUUCCCCAGGGCCCAGCACCCCUCAUGCCGGCGGGGACGCCGUGCCAAAGCCACGGGGAUUUUUGGCACACAGUGGUUUUGCCUGAGCACCGUCGGCCCUAUCGCUCCUGCUGCCCCAGGGGCUUUUCCCACCCCCGGGACACUAUGGGGGGAGAGGGGGGCACAUCCCACCCCCUCCAGCUCUGCCCCCCCCCCCCCCCCCCUCCACAUGCCCCCAGCUUGCUCCCAAAUGUUAUUUUUUACUAAUUAGCAGCCUCCUGGUCCAGGCUGGGAGCUGCAGCCCUCCGGGCAGAUGCAGGGGACCAUGGCUGGGAGGGUUGGUCUGUGCAGCUGCCCCCCCUCCGGGGAGCGGGGCAGGGGCUCACAGUGACCUCAGGCACUUGCCGAUGGCUGUGGCCACCAAGGACGGGGUGACCUUGGCCACCCUCACCCAGCUGAGGAGGGAAGGGAAGAGGAUUUAGUAGCAAUGACCCAUCCUUUCAUUUUUCUGCCCAGAGCCCAGCUGGACUUUCCCCUUAUUUUCUUAACCCCUUCAGCUAGUAAUAAAAACAUUUCCUACGCA